CUUAUUCUUGAGUUGAUGCUGACCGAAAUGGUGGGAUAUGAACCUCUUCCUCCAACAAUUGGACGAAAUAUUUUUGGGCGGCAAGUAUGUCAGCUUCCUGGUCUCUUUUGUUAUGCUCAGCACAUUGCGAGCAUCGAUGGGAAGCGUGGGUUGUUCACAGGAUUAACUCCAAGGCUGUGUUCAGGAGUUCUCGGGACUGUGGUCCAUGGCAAAGUUUUACAGCAUUACCAGGAGAGUGACAAGGUUGAGGAUUUAGGACCAGGAAAUGUACCAAAAGAAGUCCCAUCUUCCUUCGACCAAGUUAUCAAGGAGACAACACGAGAGAUGAUUGCUCGUUCUGCUGCUACCCUCAUCACACAUCCCUUCCAUGUGAUCACUCUGAGAUCCAUGAUACAAUUCAUUGGCAGAGAAUCCAAGUACUGUGGACUUUGUGACUCCAUAGUAACCAUCUAUCGGGAAGAGGGCAUGAUAGGAUUUUUUGCGGGUCUUAUUCCUCGCCUCCUAGGUGACAUCAUUUCUUUGUGGCUCUGUAACUCACUGGCCUACCUCGUCAAUACCUAUGCACUGGACAGUGGGGUUUCUACCAUGAAUGAAAUGAAGAGUUAUUCCCAAGCUGUCACAGGAUUUUUUGCCAGUAUGUUGACCUAUCCCUUUGUGCUUGUCUCUAAUCUCAUGGCUGUCAACAACUGCGGGCUUGCUGGUGGGUGCCCUCCUUACUCCCCAAUAUAUACUUCUUGGAUAGACUGCUGGAGCAUGCUACAAAAAGAGCUAAACACCCUGGAGAUGACUGAGUCCUCCCACCCUUCCCUCUACUUCUAAGAAGUCGCUGCUAGGUUCUCAGAAAUGCCUCUUGGAUUUGUCAUCUUCCCUCCAUCCCCACUGUCUUGGUGGAUCAUCUCUGCUCAGCUGUUGCAGCAGCCUGUUAUCUUGUCUUCCUGCCAUCAGCGUGGCACAGUAGGCAGUAGAUAAGCUGGAGCUCUGCCGGAUGACAAGGCCUGGAGGACAGCUACAACUGCCUGCCUGUGCAAGCUUCCGGCCAGGGGUAAGAUAUUUCUGACCCGCAUUUCUUAAGACUUCUUGCCCUAGCGUCCUAAAUCUUUACACCCCGAGCCCAAGCCAUACAGUCCCAAUUCUACAACCUCAGCUGCUCUGCGCCUCUGUACCUCACCAGUAGUUGUUCCACUGAAGCCUUGCAAGAUAUUUAUAAAUAGAAAGUGGGUGUAAAGUUCUGCAAAUGUGUCAAACAAGGCUAAUUCCAUCUCCAUUUGAGCUUUGAAAUUCCUGUCCACCUCUUCAUCUUCCAUCUUCUCUCAAAGUCUUUGAUUCCUGCUCUCUCCUUGUUUACGGCCAUGAUAAACCUGGAAACCAUGAUGGCUAAGAGGUGUGACCUGAAAGAGUGGGAAAACUAAAUGGAUUCAUCAUGUAUAGACAACUGUGCAGAGUAAAAGCUAUUGAAAUAACAAAUCUACUUGCCACCUAAUAAUAGGGUAUUUGUUGGUGGCCUACUACAUGUCCUGCCCAUAUAUUCAUUAGCUCCAACCCAUAAAACAGCCAUUUACUGGUAAGCAGUAUCACCCCUACUUUACUGAUAGAUUUGCCCAAGGCUGGUGAAUGACAAAGCCAGGAUUCAGACCGAGGCCUGCAAGCCUGGGGAAUUCCUAAUAUGCUGUGCACAUGUAUUGAGUCCUACUGUUUUUCUGCAUUAAAAUAGGGGAACAGAUUUAAGGAGUUGAAACUUGAUGAACAGGCACUCGUGAUUUUAUAACAAUAAAAGGGUCAACAUUGUAUAUUAUGGUUGCAUGGUCAGAAACCCAACAAACUGGCCUAAAAAAAAAA